AUGCCCGCUACCCGCUCUUCAAGCAUUCCGCCACGCGCAGCUCCUUUUCCGACUGCAAGUCCACCCCAUCAUAAGCACCACAACCACGCCAAAUCGCCCGUAUACGAACUCUCGUUCUCGUCAUCCGAGGGUGAAAGUUCCAGGACUGCGCCCACAAAGAAGCACAUAGACAAACCUAGCUCACGCACAAUGAAAGCGACACAUGCUGCCCCGCCACACAUUGCUGAAAUUAUCGAGAUUUCGUCCGACGACGACGACGACAUGCCACCGAAAUUGAUCCCUCAGGCGUCUGCUAUUGCAGAGUACCGACGCGAAAUCAACAAGAUGAGAGCAGACAACGUGAAACAGAAGAGAGAUCUCGAAAAAAUGGCUAACGAAGUCAAAGCUCUUCGUGAAGAGAACGAACAACUGCAAGCUCUUCAGAAACCUACCCUGGGCAAAAUUUCACUGGACGCCGCACAGCUGACGGACCAUCUGGAGUGUGAAAUUUGCACGUCGAAAAUGUGGACGCCUUACAUCCUGCCCGACUGCGGCCACACCUUCUGCGAAUCGUGUCUGCAGGACUGGUUCAGCACAACGCAAGCGAAGUACAUUGCUGCACACCCAGAAUAUAACCCCAAUACCGUCCUCUUGAAUAACAACGCGACGUACCUCGUCAACCUCGCCCAAUCGGUCGCGCAUAAUCCACAUGCUGCCAACCACGCUCAUAUCGGUGCUAUCAUCGACCAGCUCCUACCACCACACCCACAAUAUACCUGCCCGACGUGUAGAGAGCCCGUGCGGUCGCGUCCUACGGAGGCGUUCGCAUUGAAGGCAAUUGUAAGGACAAUCUCUGCGGCUACUGGCGAAAGUAGCCCGACGAAACCCGCUACCAGUCGGAAGGGGAAGACGACUGCCACCACUGUGGGUCCAUGGGACGGCUUCUUCCCUCGUAAAAAGACAUAG